UGGAACUUGGUUGUGUUCAACAGUCUGAAGUGAAGUGACGUGGAUCGCCACAGACGCAGGAGACGUCUAAAACUUCAUAAACUGUAAAGAAUAUCUACCAUGUGUUGGGGGUAAAACCACGCUGGCGGCUGUAAUAUCUCCUGUUUUACUUUUUAAGAUUAAUCUAUUUUAAAAAUAUUAUUUAAUCCAGGAAUCAACAAGACGACGCUAACACCGGCGGCUAGCCAAUUAGCUAGCUAACAGGAACUGGGACUGUGUAAAGUCAGCGGAAUGCUCGUCAGAUAUUCUUCAAUCACCUGAGCCGAAUCAUGAAAAGGACCGUGGAGGAUUUAACUCUGAGACGUCGAUAAAAAGCGUACCGAAACCGCUGCAGUUAGCCUGAUAGUGUUAGCCCAUCGGCGGAGCCAGCUGUCAAGAUGUGCUCUUUGCUCCGAGGUGAGGAGAUGUGCCUGGCCCAACUCUUUCUCCAGUCCGGGUCCGCAUACGACUGCAUCAACGAGCUGGGAGAGCUGGGGCUGGUGGAGUUCCGAGACCUCAAUCCAACUGUUAAUUCUUUUCAACGAAAGCACGUCAACGAGAUAAAAAAAUGUGAAGAGAUGGAGAGGAUCCUUGGAUACCUGCUGAGGGAAAUCAAGAAAGCAGAUAUCUCACUACCAGAAAGAGACUCAAACCCAGUGGCUCCGUUACCAAAGCACAUUAUGACUAUCAUGGAGCAGCUGCAGAGGUUAGAGGUGGAGUUAGGUGAAGUGACCAGGAAUAAAGAGAAGCUGCAGAAGAACCUGCUGGAGCUGACAGAGUACACACACAUGUUGCGCAUCACUCGCAGCUUUGUGCAGAGAACCGCUGAGCGUGAGCCCUUACAAGUGCAGUAUGAGGAGUUUCCCUUCCUAGAAAAAGACACAAUGAUGGACUACAGCAGCAUGCAGAGGCUGGGAGCCAAACUAGGCUUCACCUCAGGACUGAUUCAGCGGGUGAAGAUUGAGGCUUUUGAGCGGAUGCUUUGGCGAGUUUGUAAAGGCUACACCAUCCUCAGCUACGCUGAAGUGGAGGAGUAUCUGGACGAUCCCGACACUGGUGAGGCCACCAAAAGCGUUGUGUUCCUGAUCUCUUACUGGGGAGACCAGAUUGGCCAGAAAGUGAAGAAAAUCUGUGACUGCUACCACUGCCACCUGUAUCCUUAUCCCAGUAGCAACGAGGAGAGGAGUGACGUUGUGGAGGGACUAAGGACUCGCAUUCAAGACCUCCACACCGUGCUUCACAGGACAGAAGACUACCUGAAACAGGUCCUGAUCAAGGCUUCAGAGUCUGUCUACACCUGGGCCAUCCAGGUGAAGAAAGUGAAGGCCAUCUACUACAUCCUGAACCUGUGCAGUUUUGAUGUGACCAAUAAGUGUCUGAUCGCCGAGGUGUGGUGUCCGGUCAGUGACAUCCCAGCUCUGCGGAGAGCUCUGGAGGACGGAUCGAGAAAAAGUGGAGCGACGGUUCCUUCCUUCGUCAAUCGCAUCCCCACUGCUGACACUCCACCCACCCUGAUCAGGACCAACAAAUUCACCUCCGGCUUUCAGAACAUCGUGGAUGCGUACGGAGUGGGGACUUACGGAGAGGUUAACCCCGCUCCAUUCACAAUCAUAACGUUCCCAUUCUUAUUCGCCGUGAUGUUUGGGGACCUGGGUCACGGCGUCAUCAUGGCUCUGUUUGCUUUUUGGAUGGUUUUGUAUGAGAACGAUCGGAAACUGAAGAAAACCAGGAAUGAGAUCUGGAACACAUUCUUUGAGGGACGUUAUAUCAUUUUAAUGAUGGGCCUGUUCUCCAUCUACACUGGUCUGAUUUACAACGACUGUUUCUCAAAGUCCCUCAACAUAUUUGGCUCUGGGUGGAACGUCAGCGCUAUGUGGAACGCCAAGUGGACGAAGGAAGAUGUGCUCGGAAACAGCUUUCUAACGCUGGAUCCAAACGUUACAGGCGUCUUCACGGGCCCGUACCCUGUGGGGAUUGACCCGAUUUGGAACUUGGCUUCCAACCGUCUGACAUUUCUGAACUCCUACAAAAUGAAAAUGUCAGUGAUCUUGGGAGUCAUACAUAUGAGCUUUGGAGUCAUUCUUAGCACCUACAAUCACAUUCACUUCAGGAAGAAGCACAACCUGUACUUGGUGUUCCUCCCUGAGCUGCUGUUCCUGUUGUGUUUGUUCGGCUACCUGGUGUUCAUGAUCUUCUACAAGUGGCUGUUCUUCUCAGCGAAGACCUCCACACAAGCUCCCAGCAUCCUCAUCCACUUCAUCAACAUGUUCCUCAUGCAGGGCGAGUCUGUGCAGCCGCUCUACCCAGGACAGACUGGGCUGCAGGUGUUCCUGGUGAUCAUUGCUCUUCUCUCAGUGCCUGUUUUACUGCUGGGGAAACCGCUCUACCUUUACUGGCUUCAAAACGGAAGUCACCGUUUAGGAAUGUACCGGGGAUAUGAGCGCGUGCGGCGAAACAGCGAGGAGGAGGUGUACCUGAUGAGAGCCCACGAUAUGGAGGAGGGCAGCAGCCACAGCGAUCUCUCCUCCAGUGGAGAGCAGCACACAGAGGAGUUCAACGCUGCAGAUGAGUUCCUCACUCAGGCCAUCCACACUAUAGAGUAUUGUUUGGGUUGCAUCUCCAACACAGCCUCCUACCUGCGGCUCUGGGCCCUCAGUCUUGCACAUGCCCAGUUGUCGGAGGUGCUUUGGGCCAUGGUCAUGCGGGUCGGACUGCGAAUGGACACCAGUCUCGGGGUUUUAUUUCUGGUGCCAGUGUUCGGCUUGUUUGCCAUCCUCACUGUGGCAAUCCUGCUGGUCAUGGAGGGUCUGUCUGCCUUUCUCCAUGCUCUCCGGCUGCACUGGGUGGAGUUUCAGAAUAAGUUCUACAGUGGGACUGGAAUCAAGUUCUGCCCCUUUGCCUUCUCUCUUCUGCCCUCCAGUUUUGAGCAGGAGGGCUUACUGUGACAGCACCACCCUGGAAUUCUGUUCAGUGAAGAGCGGAGCCAAGACAAGCCAGCGGGCUUCUGUGCUUAUAAAGAUGGAACGCAGAGAGAUCACAAAGUGAUUCUUAUAUUUAUGUUAGUCUUUUAGCAGUCUGUCAAGUAAAGUAGUAGAGUGAUGAGUUUUGUAAGCACCGAACUCAAACACUCCUGGUUUCCAGACGGUUUUCGGAGCUCAGAGUGCUGUGGAGAGAUUCAGAUCUGAUUCAGAUCGGACAUUCGUCAGAAAGUGCAUCCUGUCUGUGCUCAGCCUGGCUCAAUGCAAAACGCGGGGCUCAGAUUCAACAUCUUCCUCGUGAGGCGUAUCCAGUUUGGAGAAUCGCAUCCUUCGCCCUUCAAAAUAUAGAAGGAUCAUUUCGAUGCCAGAGUAGGAUAAAAGUUGAUAACAUCGGGCUGCACAAGAAAACCUGACAGUAAUUAUUUGUGGCAUUCUUAUUGAACUUAAAGAACGUUCAACAUCUUAUUUACCGUUGAAGUUGUGUAUAAUUUGCUUCCUCUUGGUUAGCUCCAAUGCUAGUAUGAUGGACUUCUGUAACUCCUUUCAGUUUUGCAGAUGUGUUUUUUAUACACUGGGUAGUGAAACCAGCUUUUGGUUAAAUAGUUCUUGCACUGACUGCCUUACCGACAUUCAACCACGAGACAGCUUAUUGCAUCACUGUUCAGGUUUCCUGGUCCAGGUG